AUGGCCGAUGAGCUGCAUAUUCCCGCGUCCGACGCGACCGUGCGCGUGUGCAUGGUAGACACCACGGCCAUCAUGAGAGUCAAUGCCAAAUCUUUCAUCGAGCCCGUCCAGCCGGGCCAUGAGUUCAUCAAUAUCUACGUGGCAGCGUUUCUGGUCGAGCACGGGGCCUCGGGCAAGAAGGUCAUGUUUGACCUAGGCGUGCGGAAGGACUACUGGAAUCUCCCUGCCGUGCUGCAGAAACGCCUAGGGUUUGUCAUCCCGGACUUGCGGGUCGACAAGGACGCCACCGAGGUGUUGGAGGAGAGCGGCGUGACGCUGGAUGAAAUCUCGAGCGUGAUAUGGUCGCACUACCACUGGGACCACACGGGGAGUAUGGAGCUGUUCCCUCCCGCCACCGAGUUGGUGGUAGGGCCGGGCUUCAAGGCGUCUCCCGCCCUGUUGCCUGGCUUCCCCGAGAAUGUCAACUCUCCGGUCGACUCGCGCGCGUUCAAAGACCGGACCCUGACCGAGAUCGGCUUUGACGACGACUCUGAUCUGACGAUUGGCGGGUUCCGAGCCCACGACUUCUUCGGUGACGGUUCCUUCUACCUGCUUGACACCCCCGGACAUUGCCUGGGACACAUGUGCGGUCUUGCACGAACGACCGGCGGCCGGGACAGCACGUUUAUGCUGCUUGGAGGCGACAUCUGCCAUUUCCCGGGGGAUUUUCGGCCCAGCGCCAAAGCACCGCUCCCAGAUCCGAUCCCCGAAGGCGUCUUGGACCGAGACGAUUUCUUCCCCACGCCAUGCCCUUGCGCUCUCUUCGCCGACCACCAUCCGCAGAUGAGGACGUGCGGAACCAACACCUUCAAUCCGCGCACGACGCCCUUUUAUCGCAUCUCGACCGACGUUACCGCCGCCUACGCCGAUCCCCAGCUGUCGCAGAAAUCGGUCGAUAAACUGGUCAGCUUUGACGCCAGCCCGUCGGUGCUGGUCUGUCUGUCGCACGACGCCACCGCGCUGAAGCAUCUCCCCAAUCUCAACGAUAAUCCCGAGGACGACCUGAACGACUGGAAACAGCGGGGGUACAAGCAGAAGAUCCACUGGGGAUGGUUGAAUGAGCUGCCGCGCAACGGGAAGCCCGGCAGGGAGCCUCAUGUCGAAGGGUUCUGGCGGGACCGGAAACUCUGGCCAGAGGCAAAGGAGGAGCUCCGGAAGUUGGGCGAGAAAGCGUCCAGCUACAGCCUAUGA